AUGGCAGGGGGGAUAUCGAUUGUCAUCUCCCAAGCCCAGGUUGAGGAAAUCUUUGACUGGAAUACUUUACAAGACUCUUUCUUUGCAAUGGGAAUACUCUCGUGGCACAGUUUAGAACGCAAAGGCGACCUUGAUGAAACGCCUGACCAACAAGAGCAUGCCAAUCAAUGGGAGAUGCAUCGCAUUGGAGGUGCCGGGGUGAAUGCGCCCCAGGGAAUAUGCAACCUCGGUACCGAGUCAGGGCUGGAGGAGAUGGUUAAACUGAUCAGACAAUGGCUGACGACAUGUAGCAACUAUCAUCAAGAGUGUGGUAGAGAUCAAGACCGAGUCGAGGGCCUCCCCCCUCUGCCAACUCGUGUCAUCGACGUUGGAACUCUCGGACAACCUCAUCUGCGCCUGCAUGUCCCAGAGAGAGGUGAAAGAGACGAGUACACGUGCCUCAGCUAUUGUUGGGGAAGAGGUGUCCCCGAGUUCAAGACUACGACCGCCACGGUGGAUGAUUUGCGGAAGCACGUUCCCUUCGCAGCAUUGCCAAAAACAAUCCAGGAAGCUAUUGUAUUCACCAGACAGCUAAAAGUUCGAUACUUGUGGGUUGAUGCACUCUGCAUCAUUCAGGACGACGCGUCAAGCCCCAGGGAUUGGCAACUUGAAGCCGCUCGGUUUGGUGGUUACUAUCAGAACGCUCUCUGCACAUUGGCUGCCACUGGAUCCCGCGACUCAAGCGAGGGUCUCUUUCGUCAGAACAACGAUCUCUUAUACCCCUCCUAUUUCUGCACACGGGUGCAUCGGGGGUCCAGGGGGCCACUCUGCUUCACUUGGGUCUCAUCUGUCCUUGAUACAACGACCGUCAUUUACCAGUCACCCCUGCUAGAGCGCGGGUGGGCAGCUCAAGAAAGAAUUUUGUCUCCCCGGGUUGUUCACUUUACCAACUGGUGCGUCAUCUGGGAAUGCAGCCAGCUCAUCGCUUCGGAGCGCUUUCCUGAUGAGUCGUCAUGCAUGGUGAGAGAUUCGAUUGGUAGCAUAAGCAACAUUUUCUCGCGAAGAGACAAGAUGGAGCCUUUGCUAGAAGACCACUGGAUUCGAUUUUGCCACUGGUAUGUGAACAUGAAGUUCUCCAGGCUGUCCGACAGACUCCCGGCAUUGUCUGGUGUGGCACAACGCAUUCAAGAUUGCACGGGGCUGAAAUAUUACGCUGGCUUAUGGGGAAAGCAUAUUGCUAAAGGCCUGGCCUGGUAUAUUCGCAGACCUCAGGCAAUGCCAGAUGACCAAGUCCUAAGACGGCCUUCGUGGUCCUGGGCAGCUUCAACAGGAGAUUUGGUCUACUGGGGCGGGAAUCUGGGCCCGUAUGCCUGGAAACAUGCAUAUGUCCAUGAUCAGGGCCUCCAGAUACUUGAUGUCGAGGUUGAAUACACCGGUCGGGACACUGACGGCUUGGUAACUGCCGGCGUCAUCACCACUGACGGCAUGCUCGGAACGUUAAAUCUAGCAGAGCUGGGCUACAAACAAGAGUCAGAGAACUUCUGGAGGAUGGCUGGGGAUAAGGAUGAGGUCGGGGUACGCUGGGAUCGAGUGGGUUCAAGCACUGAGGUUCUCCGCAGCUACCUCUGCCUUCGAGUUGCCCUUUACACGACCCGGGUGACAUUUCAGGUUCAACUGAGUUUCGUGGGCGCUCUCAUCUUGGCUCCUGAUAAUUCGGGUCUGCAUGGACCUGUCAAGUACCGCAGGGUCGGGUAUGGAAUCUUCAGCCGUGAGGUUUGGCAAGAGGGUGAACUGGGUAGGAGGGUUAUCAAGCUUGUUUAG